CGCGUGUGUGCAGUCGAGUUCGCCAUGUGAGAUAGAAAGAAAUAGUGUGAGAGCCUCUAUGUUUCAUUUGAUGCAUUCAUAUGCGGGGCUGGACUUGAAUCGGGGGUCUCCCUUGCUGGUGUCACUUCUUCACUUUUCUACGCCGGGAACCGGUCGAGGUCAUGGUGAACGGAGCGAUCCGGCUCAAUUGAAUCGAUUGUUCCGGUCGGAAUACCUCAAAUUUGGAUUGUGUUCGAAUGCUCCCUCCCCGGAUUCAGUCUUCCAGAUACUGACGAGACCCGAGGCCCGACAUGAGUGAAGGAACGAGGAGCGAGAACGACCUCACUCCUAGCCAACGGAUUCUAGCUGCCUCCACAGGAGCAGUGAUGACCUCACUCCUAAUGACACCCUUUGAUGUGGUGAAGACGAGACUUCAAGCUCAACAAAAGGAAUUCAUGAAACACAAGUGCUAUCUUUAUUGCAACGGGCUCAUGGAGCAUGUUUGCUUUCUGCAGAAAGGGGAACAACAUUGGUUCAGUAGACCCGGGAGAUACACGGGCACGUUUGAUGCAUUCAUGAGGAUCUCAGCAAACGAGGGAGUGAGCGCUCUUUGGUCCGGGCUCCCCCCAACAUUGAUCAUGGCGGUGCCCGCAACCGUCCUUUAUUUCACUUCUUACGAUUUGCUCAAAGACGGAUUCCUCCAAAGCGGUGUAAGCAAAGCACGGAUCAUGGCGGAGCUCCUGUGGCUGAUGAGAAAUAAAAUUGACUUGGCUGGUUCUUCUUAACAGCGUUUCAGUCUGACGGAGUCUUCGUUGGUGUCCGGCGCCCUAGCUCGGACUCUCACGGCCACCAUGAUAUCUCCCUUGGAGCUCAUCCGGACGAAGAUUCAAGCUAAGGGUUCGAAAUAUGGCGAAGUCUUCAGAGUGGUGAGAGACAUGAUGAAAGUCCGGGGCUGCCGAGUCUUGUACCUGGGUCUGUAUUCAACGCUCCUACGGGACGUGCCAUUCAGUUGCAUUUACUGGUCGUCUUAUGAGCUCCUCAAACACUGUUACACCGGUGGAUCACCACCCUUGCCGUAUAUCAUGUUUGCGGGUGCAACUUCCGGCUCUUUAGCUGCUGUGAUCACAUUACCAUUUGACGUUAUCAAGACACACAGGCAAUUGGAGUUGGGAGAAGCGAUGUCUGCGUCGAGGAUUCGGGUCAAGGAUCCAUUCGCGAUGCUCAAAGAGAUCCAUCAAAUGUCGGGCGUCCGGGGCCUCUUCACAGGAAUCGUGCCACGAUUGGCCCGAGUUGCCCCCGCUUGCGCCAUAAUGAUAUCCUCGUAUGAAUAUUUUAAAGCAUAUUUUUUGAGGCACUGAGAACACAAGUAUCAAUAGAUCGUUUUUGUUGUGGACCUGUACAGUAAAAGUUCGGAUUGCCA